UUGACUGUUUUAAUUUUGCACAUUUUGUCAUACCGCUUUUAGUUUUUUACCGCUCGAUAGACUGUAAGUAGCUGAAAGUAGAGAACAAGUCAACAGAAUCCACUGAAUUUAUAAAUAUCAAAUCGAGAUGGAUUUCUAUUAUAUCCUCGAAUCGCCGCACUGCCGCUCCGUAAUAAUGGUCGCUGAAGCUUUGGAGAUUGAACUCAAUCGAAAGUUGAUGAACUUGAAGGAGAAAGAGCACUAUUCACCUGAAUUCUUGAAAAUCAACCCUCAGCAUACUAUUCCCACUUUAGUGGACGAUGGUUUCGUUAUCUGGGAAGCGCGUGUUAUUCUCAUUUACUUGGCUGAGAAGUAUGACAAAAAUGAUAAGUUAUACCCACAAUGCCCACAAAAGAGGGCAGCGAUCAACCAGAAACUUUUCUUCGAUCUGAACAUGUAUUCCUUAUUUGCUGAUUACUAUUACCCUAUUGUUAGAGAUAAGGAGGCACCUGUGCCCGACCGCUUGGCAAAAUUUAAAACUCGAUUGGUAUUUUUGGAUCUUUUUCUGGAGGGGCAAACCUACGCUGCUAAUAAUACUUUGUCUAUAGCCGAUUUCUCUUUACUUGCUAGCAUCUCGACCUUCGAUGCGGUCGGCAUUGGUUUGUGUAAAUAUCCUCACCUACUUAAAUGGUACAAUCAUUGCAAAAGAACUCUGCCCGGCGCAGAAGAAAAUAAAGAAGGUUGUGAGUUGUUUAAGAAAUAUUGGUAAAAUUGUUCCAGUGCUUGUGACUGAAUAAUCAUGGAAAUGUUUUAAUUUCCUAAAAACUCGAAUUAUACAUAUGUAACUUAAUAAAUGUGUUUAAUGUAUAAAUA